UAGGAACAGGAAACCCCGUCCCCACGCAGAGGAGGAAGCGCGACAGCCCGGCCGAGCACGGAGCAGCUCCAAUAGCAUUUUUAUUAUUAUUUGUAUUUAUUUAUUUUAUCUCUCUGCAAACAGAGGAGCGACGGCGGGCACAGCCCAACCCGCGCCGCGGCGAGCAGCGGGGCCGGCGGCGGCACAGCCCCGGCGCAGCCAUGGGGCAGAAAUGCAUGGAGAAGGUGUCCUCCUUCCUCUUCGAGUACGACACCCCUCGGAUGGUGCUGGUGAGGAACAAGAAGGUGGGACUGACCUUCCGGCUGAUCCAGCUCAUCGUCCUGGCGUACAUCAUCGGGUGGGUUUUCCUCUACGAGAAGGGCUACCAGUCGCAGGACAGCAUCAUCAGCUCCGUGUCGGUGAAGCUCAAAGGCCUGACGCUGACCAACGAGAGUGUCUUGGGCCCGCACAUCUGGGACGUGGUAGAUUACGUUUUCCCACCGCAGGGGGACAACUCUUUUGUGGUGAUGACCAACUUCAUUAUCACCCCUGGACAGAAACAAGCAACCUGCCCGGAGCUGCCGGAUGCCGGGCUCUGCACGAGGGACAGCGACUGCAGCAAGGGGACGUACAGCCGCCAGGGACAAGGGCUCAUGACGGGCAGGUGUGUGAAUUUCAACAGCUCGGUGAAGACCUGCGAGAUCUUUGGCUGGUGCCCUGUCGAAGUUGACUACCACGUUCCCAACCCUGCCCUCCUGUCAGAAGCAGAGAAGUUCACCUUGUUCAUCAAGAACAGCAUCACCUUCCCCAGGUUCAAGGUGUCCAGGCGCAACUUGGUGGAGAGCGUUACCAAGCAGUACCUGAAGAAAUGCACGUACCACAAAGUCACCGACUCCCUGUGCCCCGUGUUCGACCUGGGCUACGUGGUGAAGGAAUCGGGACAGAAUUUCACCAUCCUGGCUGUUAAGGGCGGAGUGGUGGGCAUCACCAUCGACUGGAACUGCGACCUCGACUGGCCCGUCCGGCACUGCAAGCCCGUUUACCAGUUCCACGGCCUCUACAAUGAUGACAGUAACGUCUCGCCGGGCUUCAACUUCAGGUACGCCAAAUACUACAAAGAAGACGGCACGGACAAGAGGACCCUGUACAAGGUGUUCGGGAUCCGGUUUGACAUCCUGGUGAACGGCAAGGCAGGCAAAUUUGACAUCAUCCCCACCAUGACCACAAUCGGCUCUGGAAUUGGUAUUUUUGGAGUGGCCUCUGUGCUCUGCGACCUGCUCCUGCUGCAUUUCCUCCAAGGACGGGACUACUACAAGCAGAAGAAAUUCAAGUACGCGGAACAGGAGCCUUCAAAGUCGCAUAAGAAAGGGAAGGAGCUGGACAACACGCAGUGAGAGUGCCCAUGUUUGCCCUGGGCCGGACGUGGGGUACGCGGUGGUUUUCAGCGCUGGGGAGUCUGUGCACGCAGAAGAGCCCUGCAAAUCGGGCUGGAGCACCGAGCCUCUGCAAUGGAGCUGGCACAGGCUCCCCCAGGCUCUGCCCUCCCGUGCAGGGCCCCUGGGCCUCAGGCCGCAAGCACGGCUUGUUAUCAGCAUUGUCACUUGGGUUUCCGUCUCAGACAGGCCGGCUGGCAGGGAGCCACAGGGAGCUGCUGCCCUGCGCCAGCUCUGCCUGCCGCUGCCCACGCCAGCGGGGCGAGCAGAGCUGCCCCUCUCGGCUCCUUGCCCCCAGCUACAAAAGCACCCCGAGGGACCCCAGCCCCUCUGAGCUCUUUGCCCCCAGCUGCAAAACGGCCCCGAGCAGCCCCUGCCCUGCACUGCUGGCUCUGGCUGGGGCUGUCGGGGUGCACCAGCUCAGACUUGCUGCUCUCUCUCUUCGGGGGUCUGACCUCUUUUUUGGAAACGCUGAAAUUUUGAAACUUUGAAAAAGCUGAAAUUUUGUCUCGGUCACUUCAAAGCUGGAUUGCAGCUGCCUUGGGAUCAGCAGAGGGGCCGUGGGGAUGCUGUGCCUGUCGCAGGAUGGGAGCGGGCGCCAGCAGCACGCAGGGUGCACGCAGUGCUCUGCCUCCUAUGGGACGUGGGCCGCAAGCAGCUGAAAUUUGGCCAUGAGGUCAACAGACUUAACAUCAAGCUGUCCAUCCUUCACAGGGAGGUGAUUUGCUCUCAGCAGGAUGCCUCAGCUUUCAAAA